UAAGCCUCCACAAGCUGCUUGAGAGUUGAGAGCAAAAAAAGAAAAGCAAGUGAGAGUGAGAAGAGACAUCCAUCCUUAGACUAGACAAUGGCUCUUGUUGCUAAUGAACUCAAGGGCAAGGCGGAGGUCUACUACGAUGAUGAGAUAUGCCAGCAAUGCACCAGGCUCCUGCUCAAGGAAGCAGGCCUUCCCAAUGGUUUGCUUCCCUUGAAGGACAUCACCGAGUGUGGCUACGUCGAGGAGACUGGGUAUGUGUGGCUCAAGCAAAAGAAGAGGAUAGACCACGUCUUCCAGAGCUUAGGAAGGGUGGUCUCUUACGGCACUGAGAUCACUGCCUUUGCAGAGAAGGGCCGGAUCAAGAAGGUCAAAGGUAUAAAGACCAGGGAGCUCAUGCUGUGGGUCCCAGUGGAAGAGAUUUCCCUUGAUGAACCAGCAUCUGGGAAACUCAUCUGCAAGAGUAUUGCUGGGAUCUCAAAGAUCUUCCCUGCAUCAGCUUUCCAAAUCCAAGAGAAAGAGAAUGAGAAGAUGAACUGCGCUGGGCUGAAACCAGUGGUCCUGAUGGAGAGAUCACCAAGAGUUGUUAGAAACAACUGAUCCUUCUGCCAUUCAUUGGGCCGCAGAUCAUUACCUGCCCUACAAUCCUAUGUACUAAAAUAAUUGUUGCUUUACUAUUUGCUUAUGUACUUCAAAGGUGACAACCCCAAGUUCUUCCUAUGUAGAAGUGUAUGGCUGCCCUAGUACUUAUUAUCCUGUAAGCCAACCACCAAACCUCAUUUUAUGUGCUAUACGAUGUUAUAUUACUCAUAUGUACCAUAUUAUCGAUAUGCUUAAAUUCUUUCCCUUUC